GCUGCCGCCGCCGCCAUGAUGCUGCUGGGCCGCGGGCUGGACGCCAGAGACAAUCAGACUAGACAAAUACAAGAUGCUGUUUCAAAUGUGGAAAAACAUUUUGGUGAACUGUGCCAAAUAUUUGCUGGAUAUGUGCGUAAAACUGCCAGACUACGAGACAAAGCAGAUCUUCUAGUAAAUGAAAUAUAUGCAUAUGCAGCCACAGAGACACCAAACUUAAAAGUUGGACUGAAAAACUUUGCAGAUGAAUUUUCCAGACUUCAGGAUUAUCGCCAGGCAGAGGUUGACAGGCUUGAAGCCAAGGUUGUUGAACCUCUGAAAAGUUACGGGACCAUAGUGAAACUUAAAAGGGAUGAUCUUAAAGCAACUUUAACAGCAAAGAACCGAGAAGCCAAGCAAUUAUCUCAGCUGGAAAAGACACGUCAGCGGAAUCCAUCAGAUCGACACAUUAUUUCACAGGCUGAAAGUGAACUGCAGAGAGCUUCACUGGAUGCAACUCGAACAACUCGGCAAUUAGAGGAAACCAUUGAUAAUUUUGAGAAACAGAAAAUAAAGGACAUAAAAAACAUAUUUUCUGAAUUUAUAACUAUUGAAAUGUUAUUCCAUGGGAAAGCUUUAGAGAUAUAUACUGCUGCCUACCAAAAUAUCCAAAAUAUUGAUGAAAACGAAGAUUUAGAGGUUUUUCGGAGCUCACUUUAUCCACCAGACUAUCAAUCUCGCUUAGACAUAGUUCGUGCAAAUUCAAAGUCCCCCCUGCAAAGAACUGGCUCCUUAAAAUCUUCAUUGAGGACAGUACAGCAGAUUUCCAGCAGUAUGCUAAGAAAAGACGAAGAAGAAGAGGAGGAGGAAGAUGAAGAUGAGGAAGAGGAAGAGGAGGAGGAAUUAGAUGCUACUAAGGAAGAGCAAGCACUAAUAGUAAAGUGCCAGACAACAAAUAACCAGUUUCAAAGAAUGGAACAAAAUCUGCUGAAAAUGGACAAUUUCAGUGGCUAGAAAAUGAAAUAUUUAAAUAGAAUCCUGUAUUAUAUUUGCAUAGAUGUUAUACUGCAGUCACAUUUGCUUAAACUUACAUGAUGAAGUGUCCAAAAGCUGCACUAAGCUGACAAGCAGUUAUGAACGUAAGGGUUUGCCUGUUACUUUGCCAAUAUAUUACCUUAUUCUCUAGCUACACAUCUCUUGGAUUUAGUAAGUCCUCUAGCUAUACCUGUCAUAAUUGGUUUUAUACAUCCUGAAGUAACUGUAGUACUCAAGAAACUGAUUACAGCAACAAUCCUGUUAGAUUUAGAUCUCAUUUUGUUACCCACCUUGGAUGGCAGAAGGCAGGGUGAGGUAUAUUGUUUUCUCAUUCUCAUUUUCCUCAGGCUCAACUAAGAUGACUUUUGAUUCCUUUACACAUCCAGAAUGAACAUUCACAAAUAAGGACCUAGCCCAGUAUCUACUUUUAAUGCUGCUUUACUUUUAAAUAAAAGUGCCUUCAUAAUAAAACUAGUUGAUAUUUUAUAUAGUUGACAUUGAUUAUAUUAGUUGACGUGCUAUAUAUAGUUCAAGUUUCAUGUGUUUAACUGGUUGAUUCAGUUACUGAUUCCAUCAAACAUACAAGAAAUUACACAUUUUGAGUGUAAUUUCUUAUACUGUUUGGAGAUGGUGGUUAUGCAUGUUCAUUUUUGAAUAGUAUACAAUUGUCUGCCAGAAAGCUGCUACCAUAUUGUUUAUCUCCAGCUUUAGUAUCUGGUAAAGAAAGAACACAUGUAUAAAUCUAGACUUUAAACUUGUAACUGGGAAAACAAUUUUAAGUUAUAACCAAAUAUUCUUUCAGUUACGGAAAUAAACCAGGAAGUGCACUUUUAGUACUGAUGCUGCCUUUUUCCACUGAUGCAAAGUAUGCCAUGCAUACUUGUUUUGACAGGUGAAAAAAAAGGUUUUGCCAAAAAUUAAUGUGAUGAAAAUAUAAGUGAAAAUGUCACAAUAUAGGGUUCUGUUUUAAACCCAGAAAAUAGUUUUACACAAGAAUUACAUACUAUUAACACUGAACUACUGUUGACAAGGAGUAGAAUACUAAUGACCAAAACUUAAAAAGUAUCUAGGUAACUAAUUCCCAUCCAUUUCAGCGAGGAGGGCACUUCAAUAAGUAUUUGUAUCACAACAUCAGAAUUAUGAUGAUCACCACUUUACCAUUUCAUAUUCAGUGAAGUCAUGUAGUCCAUCUCCAAAACAGAUGGUUAACUUCAUGACUAUACCAGGUUUUCAUAUAACUCAUACGUAGGCAAACAGCGAUUAUUUCUGUACUGUGCCUUGAAAAAGGAAUUCUGAAUAAAAAAGGAAGCAGUGUUUAGAUUAAUUCCCACUAAAAGAUUGGUAGCUGGGGUACAGAAAUUUUUUUUUUUCCUCAGCAGCUUCAAAUUCUUCCUCCUCCCCUACCUCACAAAAAAGUCGACUUUAGGAAUUACAGAAAAACUUACAGAAAGGGAGAAAUAUGGUGUUGGGCAACUUUGUCCUGCAUAUAUGAUGUCUUAAGUUUGCGUGUUGGACAAAAAUUGUGUGACCUCGAGACUACAGAUGAAAAAGUCACUGAUUAAAGUAUUUUAAAGCCAGAAGAAGAAUUUAGAAUGUAAUUACAGAAUUAAAUAUUACCUAAAGAUACUUCUGCAAAGAUUUUUCUCAUGGCAUAAGUGCUUACUGCAAGACUGACAGUACUCCAUUUGUUCAUAUAUAUUUUUGACUGCUGACACCUAGAUGAUGCAGGCUUGUAUUCAUUCUUGCUAAGAGUAUUUUGCCACUCCGUUGAACAUGCUGGCCCAUCCCUUUGGGACUAAGUGUUAUCUUCUUGUACUCAUCAGAUUGUCAUACGUUACAGCUUUCCUGAAUGCCUCAAGCUGCUUCUGUACAUGAUCACUACUACUAGUUUUUGACGACAGAAACUGUUCUCCUUUAAAUCAUAAUUUUUGGACAACGGUAGCAAAAGCAACUUCAGAGUAAGCAUAACUAAGGAAACUAGCUGUAUUUUAUAUCAACACCACAAACUGCUGCAUUUCAUUUGUUACUCUUUUACUAUAUGGAUGGUACUUAAAGAAGAAGAGCAAUUAAUUCAAGCCAUGUAAUUACAGACUGUCUCUGAUUUGUCCUUUAUACUGAAAGUACAGUGCCUCCAAAUGAUUAAACAUCUGAAGUUAUAAAACCCUAUAAUCAGGAAAUGCUGUCACCACACCAUGCACCUGUACCACCUAUUCAGGCAGAAUAUAUACACAUACAGGCCUACACAUACACAUCAGGCCUAUAUAUACACAUACACAUCCCAGUUGGGGGGGGAAACCCAAAACACCAACCAAAACGUACUAGCAAGAUAACAGCUAUAAACUGAGAAUCAACUG